GUCUUAAGUCCUUUUAGAUCUUAACACGACUCAUGUCUUAUCUUUUAAUGGAUUUUUUUAAAAGUGAUAAUUAAUUUAAUAAAAAGUAACAGCAAAAAGUUUUAAAACUGAGUUUUAUUUAAAUAUAUCAUUACUAAUGUCUAAUACAUUUUAACUGAAUAUAAAUGUUGUGAUAAUACAUGUAUAGGUGUCGAAGUGCUUAUGAGAAUCGGAUCCAUCCAUCAAACGAGUCUGCGGUGAACGAAACGCGCGAACAAUUAUCGCAAUUAUUUUCCGAUCGCUUCAUAAGAAAUACGGACAAUAAUAAUGAAAAUAAUGUUAAUUUAGUCAACUCUAAUCACUACGGAAUGGAUAAUCACUGUCCCGUCUGUUUAAAUGAACCCCGAUUUCCCAUCGAAACCAAUUGUGGACAUCUCUUUUGUGCGCAAUGUCUGAUCGUGUAUUGGCGUCACGGGCAGUGGAGGGGCGGCCCAAUCAAGUGCCCGGUGUGUCGCCAACAGGUGAGCAUAUUGUUGCAGUGCUUCCCUCCGAGUACCACAGUAUCCGAAGAAGAACUCAAUGAAAGGGCGCGUAUUUUGCAUGACGUGAAUGAUUAUAAUAGAAGAUAUUCAGGAGCGCCCCGUCCGUUAAUCGAUUAUAUUUACGAUUUACCGACACUUUUGCGUCACUUAACGUCAGAGUUCUUCACAGUCGGAGGACUUAUGUAUAUGUUUAGGAUUCGCAUUGUUUUGUGUUUUGUCGCCGCAAUCAUGUACUUAAUAUCGCCGUUAGAUAUGAUACCGGAGGCCGUGUUUGGCCUCUUCGGACUCCUCGAUGACAUAUUUGUGGUCUUAUUGCUCGCCAUUUACGUCACUAUCAUUUAUAGACGAUUUUUAUCAACGAGAUGGGAAGACGAGACUCAAUAACACACACUAUACCAUCACACCAUCAGUGAUGGCAAUCACCACAACGCCAACUAAUACCACGUUUAAUAAAAUUGAUAUUUCAAAUGGCUUUCGCCUAGUCUUUAGUUCACUACUUAUCAUAAAUUAUAUGUUUAUAUAUUUGAAGCAUAAUUUUGAUCUCUAUUUUGUGACACAUUAAUCAAUUGUUAUAUCUUAUGAAAUGAACAUAUUUUUAGCUCAAAUUAAUCUAAACUAUUUUACAUUAUUCUUAAAAGUACGACAUUUUACUUGGUAUUAGAGAUCAAAAUUUAAUUAUUUCAGUGCCUAAUAAAUGAAUUAAUGGAUCGGUUCAGAGGUAUCGGCUAUUAUGGUGUGAUUUUCAUUGAAGUCAUUAUAUUGAAUGAUAACGUUAUUUGCGUUUAAUUAUUAUUAAAAUUCCUAUCAAUUUAAGAGCUUUACUCGUUUCCACCAGCAAUGAUGUCCACCGAUAGUGUGGCAGGAAUUUUGUUUACUAUCUUUUUGCAAUUUCCACACAAAUGUAUACAACUUUUUCCAUUCAAAGCAAACGCCAAUCAAUUUUAUGUACUGUUUGUUAUU